ACUCCUUUAUACUUGCAGAUGUGCAGUCUGUGGAGCUGCAGAAAACCACUGAAGCUGUCCCAGACGUCGACCAAUUGAUGCAGCAAAAGCUGCAAGAAGAAACAAAGCAGUCGACGGAAGGGGCAGAUUUCUGUAUGAAGGAAAUCUCAGAAAGUUAGAAGUUUUUGGCUGGACUGGCCAAACAAGCUGCUGCUCAGGUUCAGAAACUGCAACAAGCUGAAGAGGGCCUGCAGCUUUCUAUGGAUCAGAGACAACAAAUCCAGGAAGUCGCAGAUCUUCGAGAAGCUUUUGUGAAGUUGAAGGCCGAGCACAAGAAACAAGUCGAUCUCCUGCAGACUAGAGUGGACACUCUAGGAACAGACAAGGGUGUCCUCGAAGAGAGGAGUAAAAAGCUGCAAGAGAAGAAUAGAAAUUUGGUAAAAGAAAAUAAAGAUGCUGUGGAGAAGCUGACCAAGAUCAAAGCUGACUCCGACAAGCAACUUGUCGAGAGCAUGAAGCAGAUCAAAGACUUGGCGGCUGACCGGGAUCUGAAGGCUAAACAACUAGCCGAUCUGGAGGCAGCAGCCCAGGCCAUUGUCGAGAUGGUUGAAGAUGGUGAAGCGGGCAACAAGACUCUGGUGGAACGCCUUCGUGAAGCUCCCCAGAGGAUUAUGAGCUUCUUGUCCGACACCUCAAGGCAGUACCUGGCUCAUGCCUUAGGAUUAGUCAAGUCUUUCUGGCCUGCAGCAAAUUUAGUUCUUAUUGGCGAUGGGUUAGCCGAGGGGUGUUCAGAGGAAAAAUUCUUUGAAUAUGUCGAGGAAGUAAAACCCAUCACUGAUAAGAUUAUCAGUGGUUUAUAGCAGCCCUCAGAUGGAGAGGCUUGAACAUUUGUGUUGUAAUAUUCCUUUUGUAGUCAUGAACAUGUUUGUCCUGUAUGGAAUUUUGGAGAAAAUUUGUGAGAAACAUGUUAUGUGUAAUAUGAAUAUGAGAAGCACUCGACUUAUCUGUGUAGUAUGUUCUCUUAUAAGAAGAGGUCAUAAGUAGUCGAGUAAAUCGCCCGUCUUGAGUUGAUACCAUUGUA